AUGAAGACCACAGCUUACCCCAUCUCCAGUGCAUCGGUGCAACUUGGCACCAAUGCAACAGAUGUUGCAAACCACACCGUGCCACACAGCUGCAGCAUCGACGAGUCGUACAAGUAUGUUAUAUUGCCUCUGUGCUACUCUCUGACCUUCUUACUUAGCAUCAUCCUGAACUCCACGGUUCUCCUGCGUUCCUACCGCUGUAGAGGUGGACGCCAGUGGAACACCUCUCUGAUAUACAUGGUCAACCUGGCAUCUACGGAUCUGAUGUACAGCUUAUCUCUUCCAUUCCUCGUGGCAAGCUACGUGAUGCGUGACCAUUGGGUGUUUGGAGACUUCAUGUGCAGACUGGUCCGUUUCCUGUUUUACUUCAACCUUUACUGCAGUAUCUUCUUCCUUACCUGUAUAUCCGUCCAUCGCUACAUGGGCAUCUGCCAUCCGAUCCGAAGCAUCACUUUGGAGAGCAAACGGACGGUUAGGGCCAUUUGUACUGCUGUGUGGGUAGUAGUGUUCAUACUUACAUGCCCCAUCGUCCGAUUUGCCAAAACCGGCGAUGUUACGAGGAGGUUGGUAGAUGGGGAGGAGUCUUUGUCAACAAAUAACUCAAAUGCAUGGAAACUGGAAGUAUACAGGAACUGUUGGGAUGAUGCCAUAGACAGUGAGUUUUCCGAAUACGUGCCCUAUGGAAUCGUACUGCACCUGCUCGGUUUCUUUUUCCCUUUUACUGUCAUCGCAUGGUGUUACUCGCAGGUGGUACGCACUAUUUUUCAGACUUUGCACUCACAGCCUCGCACGCAGGAGGAGGGGGGAAUGUGCAGUGGGGCCGAAGGAGUCAAAGACAGGACGUCCAUCUCCAUCUCCGGCUCUCAGAAUGCUCCACACAUCAGCAGGAGGCGCAAGUCCAUCAAAACCAUCAUUACGAUCACGCUCCUGUUUGCGUUGUGCUUUCUGCCCUUUCACAUCACACGCACGCUUUUCCUCGUCCUAAAGGAAACAAAGGCUAUCGAGUGCCGGACCAUGCAAAUGGUCUCCAUUUGCUACAAAAUCACUCGCCCCCUGGCGUCCUGCAAUUCAUGGCUCAAUGCCCUCCUUUAUUUCUUAACAGGAGACAAAAGCUUAGCCUGCUGCAGACAGACCAGCGCUGGUCAGAACACCCACCUGCUCUGGCCUUUAAAGAUUCUUGGAGGACAAAAAGAGGCGGACGACCCAGAACAGCACAAUCCACAAAAAGCAGAUGAAGGGCAUGAGAGUGACUCAAAAUCCUCAGGAAUGACAUAGAUGGACGGGAACGCAGGGAAGAAUGUGUAAACGGGACUGUCCUAUUUUAAAUGUCAUAUUAUUUAUUAUCCAUUCUGAGCAAUUUCACAUAAUCUUAGGGUAGGUUGUAUAUUUUAUACUCUUCAGGGCAGUUUCACAGACAGGGAUUACCGUAGUCCCAGACUAAAAAUUAGCUUGAGUUGUUUUGAGCUGCCUUAAAUUAAAAACACUUUG